ACCUCUUGGCACAAGAUAUCGAAAUGGAGAUACUCCCGAGAGAUCGCUCUCAGCUAUACCGAAAUCUCUGAAUACGAUCCGUCAAAGCACUUGGCAACCGCCACGACAAGAACAGACAAGCAGUCCGUAUCCAGAAACCGCAGUAUAAAAGCCCAACUAUAAUCCUGGUCAUGUAGAUUCAUAGACUCAGCAGACUCCCAAGUAUCUAUCCAAAUCCUAGCCACAAUGGUAGCCCUCGUCCCCUUUCUCCUCCUAUCCACCGUUGCGGCCAUUCCCGCCCCCAUCUCGCUGGCCACCCGCGACCAAGCAACCCCCCACGCCCCAUCCCCCUGGGACGCCGGCGCAACAACCCAAUACCCAAUCCACCAGAGCUGCAAUGCGACUCAACGUCGACAGAUCGAGGCCGGUCUCAACGAAACUAUCGCCCUAGUCGACCACGCAAAAGCUCACAUUCUCCGCUGGGGAAAUGAAAGCACCAUCUACCGCAAAUACUUCGGUAACAGACCCUCCUUCGAAGCCAUUGGUGCCUACGACAUCGUCAGCAAUGGCGACAAAGCCAGUGUGCUAUUCCGAUGCGAUAACCCAGACGGGAACUGUGAUAAUGAAGGCUGGGCCGGUCACUGGCGUGGUGAAAACGCGACCGCCGAAACCGUCAUCUGCGACCUAAGCUACUCGUCCCGCCGCUCGCUGACCUCCAUGUGUGCCCUCGGAUACACAGUUUCCGGGUCCGAGACGAAUACCUUCUGGGCUGCGGAUCUGCUGCACAGACUCUUCCAUAUGCCUCCUAUUGGACAGAACUGGGUUGAGCAUUUUGCCGAUGGGUAUGGUGAGGUUAUUGAGCUUGCUGCUGGAAACAAGAGCACCUCGACUCGGGAUUCCGAGACGUUGCAGUAUUUCGCUCUUGAGGCUUACGCGUAUGAUAUUGCUGCGCCGGGUGUUGGGUGUGCGGGUGAGUAUGAUGAGAGUCAAGAAGAAGCUGAGGAUGGAACGGAUGAUUUGCCUGAGAACUGCCAUACUCAUGAGGGUGGGGAGGUGCACUGUACCUAGGUACGGUGGUUGUGGACUCGGGUUGUAUGCUCGUGUAGUAUUGAGUGUUAUGGACAUAAAAAGGGUUCGUAUGGACCAGAUGGUAUUGGUAUAGGGUAAUUGUACUAGGAAGGAUGUUAAUAUCUGCCGCGAUGUAUAUUCACUAAGUCAUUCUUCACGAGUUAUGAGUGCGGGAAAUUUUCUGAUAGAAUAUGAUCUUUCUGACGCAAAUCAAA